ACGCGCGGCGCGGCCGGGUGCAGAUGGCGGACGCCGAGGCUGACGCGGCCCUGCCGCCGGAGACGCAGCGGCUGUCCGCCGGCCUCCGCGCCCGGCUCUGGCAGCUGCAGGCCGAGCUGAGCGACCAGGAGGCGUCGGAGGCCUCGUCGGGCGCCUACUGCCGGGGCUUCUGUCAGACACUGCUACAAUAUGCUGGCAAUCGGGGUGCUUCGGAACAUGCCUUGCCUCUGUUGGAAGUGUAUUGUGUCGCCAUUCAGAGUUUUGCCAGUGCCCGACCUUACUUGAGUACUGAUUGCGAAGAAGUUCUUCUAGUCCUUGGCAGGCUUGUGCUGAGCUGUUUUGAACUAUUGCUUUCUGUGCCUGAAAGUGAAGAGCAGAGUGAACCGUUGUCGAGACUGUUUCAGUCUAUACAGGUGAUCCAUAAUGCUUUGCUUCAGUUUGGAGACAACAGCCUCGAAAUACUGGCUGACAUCGCCAAGGAAGGUGUGUGGAAGAACCCAGUUCUGCUUAAGAUUAUCUCGCAGCAGCCAGUAGAAGUAGAAGAAGUGAAUAAACUGAUUAAGCGAGAAGGACCAGCCUUCCUGCAGAUGCGGAUAAAACACCUGAUGAAGACUGACUGCAUUCCCCAGGCCGCUGCCUUGUCCAAGCUGUGUAAAGAGUCCUCCGAAAUUUCAAACGCAUCACCUUUUCUCCAGGCCUACAUCACGUGCCUGUGCUCCAUGCAUCCAAAUGAAGAAUCUAUCAAGGAGAUUGCAAAGGUGGACUGCAAAGAGGCCCUGGAUAUGAUAUGCAACUUGGAAGCAGAGGGGCAGGACAGGACUGCAUUCAUUCUUUGUACAACGUACCUUACUCAGCAGCUUCAGACUGCAAGUGUGUACUGCUCUUGGGGGCUGACUUUAUGUUGGAGCAAAUUGCAAAGGAGAAUCGACCCAUCUUUAGACUCCUUUCUGGAGCGUUGUCGACAGUUCGGCAUCAUCGCUAGGACACUGCAGCAUUUGUUCUUCCUGAUAAGAGUCAUACAGGCUGAGGCAGAAGACUCAGGCCUUGCUGUGUCGAUCUUGCUAUGCGUGAGAGCCCUUCAGCUGCGAUCGAAUGAAAAUGACGAUAUGAAGACUUCCAUGUGUAAAACGAUCGCUUGUCUUCUGCCAGAAGACCUUGAAGUUAGAAGAGCCUGCCAGCUCACCGAAUUCUUACUUGAGCCGAGUGAGGACGCAUAUAAUCUACUAGAAGAGCUUCACCUGCAGCCGGAUCAAAAAUUCGACGAAGAGAACGCUCCAGUUCCAAACUCGCUUCGCUGUGAGCUCCUGUUGGCUUUGAAGGCUUACUGGCCAUUCGACCCAGAAUUCUGGGACUGGAAGACUUUGAGGAGGCACUGUCUCAAAUUACUAGGGAAGGAAGUGUCUGACUCCGAGGACGAUCUCAGCGGCAACGAGAUGGGGUCCUUGAACGAAAACGAACUGCUAGACAGUCUCCUAAGUGACUGUGACGAUAGCAGGGAAGAUAAUCCCUUUGAAGGGCACAAUUUACUGAAUCGGCCUAAAGAGAGAGUAAGAGAAAAAAAACCUAUUGGCUCUUCGGAGAGGUACCAGAGAUGGCUUCAGUACAAAUUCUUCUGUGUCAUUUGCAAAAGGGAGUGCAUAGAGGCGAGAAUACUACACCAUUCUAAGAUGCACAUGCAAGACGGCGUCUACACAUGUCCGGUGUGCAUAAAGAAGUUCAGGAGGAAGGAUGUUUUUGUAAAGCACGUGGGGGAACAUGUGAAGAUGCCGCCGAGUAGACAAUAUCGUGCUAAAAAGAAGAUCCUGCUGAAGAAAGACAGGCUGGCAAAGAGCAGUCUGUCUAGGAUCGCUUCUGCAGCCCUAGGCAGAAGCCGAACGCUGAAGAUCACUCCGUGCAACAAAAUGAGAAGUGACGCACACGACUACGUCACCUUCAGCAAAUUAGAAAGUUGCCACCUGCAAGACCGAGACCUGUACCCAUGCCCAGGCACAGAUUGCUCCCGAGUGUUUAAGCAGUUCAAGUACUUGAGCGUUCACCUGAAAGCCGAGCACCAGAACAAUGACGAGAACGCGAUGCAUUACUUGGACAUGAAAAACAAGCGAGAGAAGUGUUCGUACUGCAGGCGGCAUUUCAUGUCGGCGUUCCACUUGCAGGAGCACGAGAAAGUGCAUGUAGGCCCCAAGCCCUACAUGUGUGUGUCGGUGGGAUGCUAUGCUACGUUUGGCUCUGUCAACGAACUGUUGCAUCACAAACACCAGCAUGACGACCUGCGUUAUAAAUGUGAGCUGAAUGGCUGCAACAUUGUUUUUAGUGACUUGGCGCAGCUUUACCACCACGAGGCUCAGCAUUUUAGGGACGCGUCUUACACAUGCAACUUCCACGGUUGUAAAAAGUUCUAUUAUUCGAAAACCGAGUUUACAAAUCACCUUUCCAUGCAUAUUUCAAACGGUGAAAUGAAGGAGGCGCCAGUUAAAUGCGAGGAGCAUGUUUUGAGUCUUUCGGAUUCAAAAGCACUUGAGCAAACGGACCAUUCCUGCAUAAAUGAGAAUAUCAGUUUGCCCUCAGGGUCUGCGAAUUCGGAGGGAGUUUUACAAGUUAAACAGGAACCUCUCACAGAUGAAGAGGUAGAUGGGAAAAGCAACGGCAGUUUUAGCAGCAAUGCUGCCUCUCUUGUGAAUGAGAAGCCUAUGUCUUUAUUGACUGAUUCAGCGGAUCCUGGCCUUCUGUUACCCCACGAGAAAGUCUUCCUUCCAUCAAACUUAAAAGAGCGUUGUUCAAAUGUGGCAGUCUACUUUGAUGGCAAAAGGUUUACCUGUGGCUUUGAAGACUGCGAUUCAACAUACAAAAAUUCAAGGGGCAUGCAGAAGCAUCUUCGAAGGGCUCAUCCUUACCAUUUCAAACCUAGAAGGAAGCUGGGCCUGAAGGCUAAAGAUCUUGGCUGGCUCACUGAAAGUCCACAUAACAGCACCACUGAAGAGAUUUCAGAGCUCAGGCAUCUUUUAGACACCCAAGCCGACUCUCCGGGCAGUAUAGAUUGCAAUACAAGUUCUAAUAUUGAUACCUGUUUCAAGCAAGAACUGUACCCCUCUUCCCCCGAAUUUCCCCCUUGCGAACAUUCUAAAAUGUCAAACGCAGAAGACUCAAUGCUGGAGCUCCUGUUGGGCUUGAAACAUUUAAGUUUAAAAAAUUCUAGCUGUCGCAUCGGGAACUCUUCCAGGUCACUACAGUCCUAUUCCUCCAAGUGCCCCAACUCUGAAGACGAAUCUACCUCAGACCAUUUCUCCGAAGAACACCAAGGCAAAUUACCAAACCAAUACCUUACACAGCUGGCGGCGAAGCCCUUUUUCUGCGAACGCCAAGGUUGCAAGUGUGAGUUUGUGACCAGGGAAGCCCUCUUAACGCACUAUGUCAGAAAACACAAUUAUUCCAAGGAGAUGGUGCUUCAGCUGAACAUGUUUCGACAUCGGUAUUCGCCAUUCAAGUGUCACAUCUGCCAAAGAUCAUUCACGAGGAAAACACACCUUAGAGUCCACUAUAGAAACAAACACAAGCUCGGCAAGACGAGAGCAACUCAAAAAUUGUUCAGUGAAAGCUUUGAAGACCUAGAGGGGUGCACAGAGGAUAUGCUGAACAGCACUGCGGGUUCCAUGUCGUCAUUUUAUACCAACACUGAGGAGGAGCUGGAUGACCAAGCGAAGCUCACUGGGUCUCAGCAGCGUCAUCUGAAGAAGGAAGAGCUUAGUUCUGACACCGACUUGGAGUCAAGCGAGGAAGCGGAAACCUGCUUGCCCAUGAAGCAGACAAAACUGUCUGCGCUUGAAAGCCACAGGAAAGGACUAGAAGCAAAAGAAGGGAGGGGAAGCAAGAGAACCGUUGCCAAAGGAAACCUGUGUUACAUUUUGCAUAAGUACCAUAAGCCGUUCCACUGUAUUCAUAAAAAUUGCAAUUCUGCAUUUACUAACCAGAAGGGCUUGAUUCGCCACUAUAGAACUGUCCAUCGGUACAACAAAGAGCAACUUUGCCUCGAAAAGGACAAAGCGCGAACAAAGCGAGAACUUGCCAAAUGUAAAAAAAUAUUUGUUUGCAAAUAUAAGGAGUGUAACGAACGCUUUUUGUGCUCUAAAUCGCUCGCUAAGCACCGCAGUGACUUUCACAGCCUUGAGCCAGGGGAGGAUUCCAGAAUGCUUUCCGAGACCGAAGCGGUGCGGUUUCCUUGUCACUAUCCUCGGUGCCCCGCUACAUUUUAUUCCUUCCACCAAUUGAAGCAUCACCUGAUGGAAGAGCAUGCCAAGGAGGAAGAGCUCAACAAAGACAUAGAAAUCCAUUGCGAUCUCAAUGGCUGCAACCGAGUUUUCACGACAUACAGCCGUUACUCGCAGCACGUGUAUUUUCGGCACAGCAACUAUGAAGGGGUCUCCAGCAAUGCCAAAGAGAAGAGGAACCACCUGAAAGGCAGAGCGCGGCAAAGCUACUUGAGAGGCCAGUGCCUCAGGCACAGAGAAAGGGAGAAAAAGAGACAGAGCCAUGACAAAAUGGGAAAAAAUAAUAAUAAAAGUAAAGGAAAGAUGUUGUAUAAUUUCAGAACCAGGCAAGAGGCCCUUCGGAUGUGCAGAGACAAUUGCAAUCAAACCCAGUAUCCGUGCAUGUUUCGGGGAUGCCCCUCUGUGGUAAAACUGGAAAGCAGUAUUGUGAGACACUAUAAGCGUACCCAUCAGGUGUCCAGUGCUUAUAUAGAGCAGCAGUAUGAAAAACUUGUGUUUUUUGUUGAAUGUGGUACCGUGAUCAGCGAUGCUUGCUUAGAAGCAUGUGAAGGGUCAAACGAGGCCAAUGGAGACUUCCGGGAGGACCCUGUGUGUCAGCAUGACCCCGAAGAACGUCUUGUUCCAGAUGCAGAUUACGAUCGAGACAGCAAAGGUGGUAAAAACAGUGUGUGCUCUGAGAGUGACAAGAUCAGAGAGUCGGGUGUCUUUUUGUACGCGGACACUUUAAAACAUAACCACAGUUCGAAAGCUAGGUGCUCAGAAGACUGUAGUAGUAGAGCGUCGUCGCCAGAUUUGCCCGAAAGCGACGGGCAGGGAAACAGCUCUUGCCAUGCUAGUUCGGGAGCACCCCUACCAAGGGAGAAGGAUGCCAGCAACUGGCAGCAGGCGUCGUCACAGCAGAAUAUUAAGAGGCCUCCCCUUCCCACUUCUAAAGACCAGAUGCGAAAGCAGCCGGCGCCAAAACCCUUCGACAUCAAGUCCUUCAAACCGAUGGGAUUCGAGUCGUCGUUUCUGAAAUUCAUCCAAGAGAGCGAGAACCGGGACGAUGACGACGAGGAGGAGGAGGAAGAGCUGGAGGAAGAAUGGGAGCCCUCGGAACAAUACCGACUAGAUCGCGUGCUGGGAAAAGAGAGAGACUCCAAAAGGGAUGCUGCCAUGCAGGAGCGGGUCACCUACGAGAGCGUCCCCGCAGCAACCGUGUCAAAGAAGAACGGUGGCUCCAAAGCUCCCGGGCAGCUGAGGGGAAUACAGCCUCUGUUAUCGACAGACUCUCCCGCUCUCCCUUCUCUGGAAACCUUGAGGGCCAUAUUGGACAAGGCACUAACAGACUGCGGGGACCUGGCCUUAAAACAACUUCGUUAUUUACGACCGGUAGUUGUUCUUGAAAGAUCUAAAUUUUCCACUCCCCUCAUAGACUUUUUUCCAACAAAAAAAACAGACCAACUUUGUGUGGGAAGUUCAUGAAUCGUUGUGUUUUAUUUAAAAAAAAUGGGGUGGGGAGAGACUUGCCUCCACUACUGCUAAGGGGGGGGAGGGGGAAUAAUCGCUAACUGGUUCAGUGCACAUGUUGUUGAGGUUAGGUUAGGUUGUUCAGUUCCACGAAUGUACGACAUCCGGCUACAGUAUUGGCUGAGUUACUAUAGCUCCCCCCGUUUUAAAAAAUAAGAAGAAAACCCUGAUAUUUUGGUGCUAACUAACAGAAUAUUGAGGGGGGGGCUUCCCUCUUGCAAAGUUAAAUGUGCAUGAUUGUAUAUGGAACAAGUACUUGGGGUACCAGGGUUGAUUGGGAGGGGGGGUGGGAGGUGGAGCUCUUACUUGACUUGAAUGUGCACCUCAGUGUGCUUCGUGUAACAUAUUGUACACUACAGCAUCUUAUAUUUUUUGAGUUUUGAGUUACAAUAAAACAAAUUUUUUCACCCAUUUUUUUUUUUGGUUGACUGUACAG